GUAGUGUGUGUGAAUUUGUUGUGCCACGUGAUGUGGUGGACAUGCAUUGACAUUGCAAUGGUAUAUUGACUGUUGUCUGAUGAGUGUCGACCAGACUAUAAAUUAGUUUUUGAUACAACCGACGACAUCAUUACCGAGACGACUGUCAGUGRAACACAAUAAAAUUAUAUAACUCUCARUAUUAUACUUUGAGCCGUUUAAUAUUAUUACAAAAACAUCUAGAUGUUAUUACUAUGAUGCUGUAUAAAAUAUUUUCUUUUUUAGUAUUGAUGAUUUUGAGCUCGACGACAACUCUAGAUUCUGCGAAAGUCGUUUGCUACUUCAGCAAUUGGGCUAUUUAUCGACCGGGCAUUGGAAAAUAUACCAUAGACGACAUACCAGUCAAAGAUUGCACCCAUGUUAUUUAUUCUUUUGUUGGAGUAGACAACAAGACUUGGGGUAUAAGUGUUCUCGAUCCUGAAAUCGAUGUAAAUAGAAAUGGUUUCAAGAAUUUCACGGAUCUUCGAGUAUUGAACCCAGAUGUUAAGUUCAUGGUAGCUCUAGGUGGUUGGGCAGAGGGGGGUAAGAAAUAUUCUACAUUGGUGUCUUCUCCAGAUAAAAGAGCGACAUUUAUCAAAAGUGUAAUCGAAUUUCUAAAGACAUACGGAUUUGAUGGCUUCGAUCUCGAUUGGGAAUAUCCCGGCGCAGUUGAUCGAGAUGGAGCUUAUUCAGAUCGCAAUAAUUUUUAUUAUUUUGUACAAGAACUAAAAGCUGAAUUUGAAAAUCAAAAUACUUCAUGGCAAUUAACUAUGGCAGUGCCAUUAGCAAAAUUCCGAUUAAUGGAAGGUUAUUACGUUCCAGGUCUAUGUCGUUUAACCGAUGCUGUACACGUAAUGGCUUACGAUUUACGAGGAAAUUGGGCUGGGUUUGCGGAUGUUCAUAGUCCAUUGUUUAAAAGACCUUCUGAUCAAUACGCGUAUGAAAAACUAAAUGUUGCCGAUGGAAUGCAAUUGUGGGUGGAUCUUGGUUGUCCACCAAAUAAAUUAGUUAUGGGUGUGCCGUUCUAUGGCCGAUCGUUUACAUUGAGUGCUAGUAAUAAAAAUUACAAUAUUGGCACAUACAUUAACAAAGAAGCAGGAGGUGGUGAAGCUGGAAAUUACACACAGGCUGUAGGAUUUUUGGCUUAUUAUGAGAUAUGUAAAUAUUUACAAGACGAAGACAAUGGUUGGACCCAAAUGUGGGAUCCUAUUGGCUUGUGUCCGUAUACAUAUAAAGGUACACAAUGGAUUGGUUAUGAUAAUGUCACAAGUUUAUCAGAAAAAAUGAAACAUCUCAAAAACAAGGGCUACGGUGGUGUAAUGACUUGGGCUGUAGAUAUGGAUGAUUUUAAUGGCAUUUGUGGCCCCAAAAAUCCUCUCAUUCGAGUUUUACGAGACGCCAUGGAAACAUACACACCUCCAAAUAUACAGAUAAUUACUACUCCUACGCCCGAGUGGUUAGUACCCCCAGAAAAAACUACUCAAAAUAAGUUAGUCGCUACUGAACAAGAAUCUUCGACUGUAUCAGUUAAAGAAACUACAAUUAUAUCAGUUAAAGAACCAAAUAAAGUAAAAAUAUAUGGUCACAAAACAACAGGAUGCAAAGAAGGAGAGUAUUCGCCAAGUAAAUACUGUCAUAAAUAUUUCAUGUGCGAUCAUGGGAAAUGGAUGCCUUUCCUUUGUCAACCCGGUACUGUUUGGAAUCAAGAAGAAUUGGUGUGUGAUUGGCCUUCCCGAACUGCCCAGUCAGAUUGUAUAAAAGUUUAAUUAAUAAAAUAUAACAUUCGGAUAUAGAUAUACAAGAAAAUUACAUGUUAACAACAAUUUAACAAUAGUAAAUUUGCAUUAAA